UUGUCCAUGUGUUUCGAGCUGACACACGAAUCUCUAAGAUUUGAUUUCACGUUGUUUACUUUUGAUAACAUUAAUGCUAUUAAUAUCUUACAUACAAACGCCCAGAUAAUACACUAACUUGCAAGAAUGCCUCACAGAAAGAAGAAAGCCUUCAUCAAUAAGAAGAAUGCCGUGUCCUUCCACCUGGUGCACAGAAGUCAGAAAGACCCGCUGGCUGCAGACGAGACGGCACCUCAACAUGUCCUUCUGCCCACUGCCAAGGUGGAGGUGGAGAAGAGGAGGGAGGAACAGCGCAAGUUUGGAGUGUUUUUCGAUGACGACUACAAUUACCUGCAGCACCUGAGGGAGGCGCCACAGCCCGUGGAGCUCGUCUCCACCCCUCGGGUCCACAGAGACGCUCGCCCGAAGCCUGCUGAGGAUGAAGAGGACAUGGAGGAAGAGGACGUCCACGUCCCUGCGGUUUCCAUCAACCUGCCCUCGUCUGUGUUCGCGUCAGAGUUUGAAGAGGAAGUGGGUUUAUUAAACAAAGCUGCUCCUGUUUCAGGGCCGCGGUUGGAUCUGGAUCCUGACAUUGUUGCUGCGCUGGAUGAGGACUUUGAUUUUGACGACCCCGAGAACAUGCUGGAAGAUGACUUCAUCAUCAAGGCCAAUGACAUCAUGGGUGACGCGCGUGGGGAUGAUGGUGAUGAUGAUGAUGAGUGGGAGGACACGGAUGAGGAAGAUGAUGAGGAAGAUUAUAACUCGGCUGGUCUGUCGGAUGAGGAAGGCGCCCGGAGAGAGUUCAUGUUUGCCGACUGCGAGACGAAGAGUCGUUUUACGGAGUACUCGCUCACAUCCUCCGUCAUGAGGAGGAACGAUCAGCUCACGCUGCUGGACGACCGCUUUGAGAAGUUUUUCGAGCAGUUUGACGAUGACGAGAUCGGAGCGCUGGAUAACGCAGAGCUGGAGGGAUACAUUGAACCGGACAGCAACCGACUGGAGGAGAUCAUCAAAGACUACUUCAUACAGAAGGAGAAAGAAUGUCAGAAACUAGAUCAGCUGGGUCCUGCAGAGCUGGCCUCCGUGAGAGAGGACGAUGAAGAUGACGAAGGCGAUGAAGAGGCAGCGAUUGAUAAGAUGGUGGUAGAGCCGUCUGCAGAGCGCUGGGACUGUGAGACCAUCAUCAGCACUUACUCCAACCUCUACAACCGGCCCAAACUCAUCCAGGACCCUCCAAAGCCCAAGCAGAUCCGGGUGUCCGAUAAGACGGGGAUUCCCCUGGACGUUCUAGAGAAACGAGGCCCGACGGCCAAACAGGUGGAGAGGAUGGAGAGGAUAAACGACUCGGACCUUCCCAGAGCCUCAACACAGCCCCGCUCGCGGGACGAGAGCAUAGAGGAGAAGAGAGCCAGGAAACAGGCCAUCAAGAGCGAGAGGAAGGAGAGGAGGACAGAGAAGAAAGCCAACAAACUGGCGUUCAUGCAGGAGAAACAGAUGCAGGAGAAACAGAUGGUUAAUUUAAGAGCAAACGUUCAGGGCAUGAAGCUCUCGUAGGACGG